AUGGACAACAGCGACAGCCCUCCUCCUGAUUAUGCCGAAGCGGUAGGCUCUUCAAGCCGAGCGGGCCCCAGUACCAGACCAACCAGCCAGCCGCCGCUGACUCCACGAACGCCGGCUUCUACGUCCUAUGGCUUUCCAGACGAAAAGCGUUCCCCAUACUCACCUCAAGCACAACAGCAUCACCAGUCAGCGAUCAUAGGCUCACACCCGUCGCCCUCACGGUCCUCAGGCUGGAUCCCGGAUCUUUGGGCCUGGCGAACCGAGGCCAAGACAGACAGUGAGGUGAAGAAGACAGUUCAGUCUCUUAUCCAGGACGUCAUCACAGAUCCAUCCCGUGCCGAUACAUUGCCAAUCCUUCAGAGCUGCCUAGCAGCCUGCAGAGCACGGAAUGUCUCGUUCGAGGAUCUGGUACAGCGGCUGUACAUCUCCGGUCAUACUCCUCUAUACUGGGCGAUCCUUGGUUCGCGGAAAGCACAUCCUGAGGGCUUGAGCAUUGACGGGGCUCAAAGUGUAUUGGAUCUCCUGGUCUCUUUUCCACUCAAUGACCGUACGACCCUGGACGCCUGUCACGCUUGCAUGACGAACAGCGAUAAUGCUCUAUUCCAGCGUCUACGUCUUUCCCCAGGGUUCGCUAGGACCACUUUUGCGGAUAGUGUUAUUACAGGAGGACAAGCCAACGAACCUGUAUACGUGGAGCAUGUCCCCAACGCUGGUGCUGGGGAAUUCACCAUCUCGUGCACGAUCUCUAACUGGAUCUCCCGAAUGAGGGUUGCCAAAGGCGUGAGUGUUGAUUUCAUUGCCAGAGGCCGUGGGUGGAGGCUGCAAUUCACAGUCGCAACAGAGUAUGACGUCGUCAAUAAUAUCCAGCCGGGGACAUGGUGUGCUGUCCUUCGCCUAUUGAAAGGCAGCGCACCGACUCUGGUUUCUGCGAAGAUUAUGAUCCCAGCCGUCACUCAAAGCUCUCAAGGCGGCACCAUGGAACCCAUCGAAAUUCCGUUUCGAACCACGCGGAGGGGAAAACUGAGUGCACAAGACCAUUCAGAUCUUGAAUGCGUCGACAAGAUUGUAACACGGCUUGAUUCCUUGCCCCACGGAUCCAGUCUCGAAUUUGAGUGA